AUGGAAAUUUGCACAUACAUUGGUGCCGACUUACUGGAGGCGGCAGAAAAUGGCAAACUUGAUCCAUUCAAAAAUUAUGGGGCACCUCUUGAUAGCCUACUGUCCCCAAAUAAAAACACAAUAUUGCAUAUCUACCUUAGCACUCUAGGUGAAAGAUCCACCGAGUUUAUAGAGGAAAUACUUGAAAUUUUUCCGCCGCUGUUAUUGAAGGUCAAUGUCCACGGUGAUACUCCGUUGCACAUUGCAGCAAGGUAUGGGCAUGCUGAUGCGGCAAAAGUGCUAAUCAAACAGGCAAAGGGCUCACCACGGGAAAGCGGAGAAGGGCCAAGAGAGAGGGAAAUGAAAGCAGUAAGGAAGAUGUUAAGGAUGACAAAUAAAAAUAAAGAAACGGCCUUGCAUGAGGCGGCACGAAAUGAAAGAAGUCUGGGUGUUGUGGAAGCAAUAAUGAUUCAUGAAGAUCCAAAUGAAUUUAAAUAUUCUGCCAAUAAUCGUGGGGAAUCUCCUCUUUACCUAGCUGUUAAAAAUAGAUGUAAAGAUAUAGUUUUUGAACUAUUAAGGAAUCCCAAAUCAAGGUUACUGGCUUAUGGAGGUCCCACUGGUAAAACGGCAUUACAUGAGGCAACAAUGUUGCACUUCGGAGAUGAGGACUUCAAAGACGAAGGGAAGAGAAAGAAGCUAUUGGAGAAAUACAGAUCCAUGGCCAAAGAAAAGGACCAAAAAGAACGGACUGAACAUUACUCUGGAUAUACUGUGUAUAUGAUGAUAGACCAGCUAUUGGAGAAAUGGAGUAACUUGGCCAAAGAAACAGAUGAAAAAGGAUGGACUCCACUUCACUAUGCUGCGUACACAAGAAAUUGGUUAGCGGUCCACGUGCUAUUAAAUAAGGAUAAAUCCACUGCUUACAUCGCCGAUAAAUAUUGGAAGAGGACUGCUCUUCACAUUGCAGCCUGUCGAGGCUUCCAAUACGAAAUGGAAUUGAUUAUUUCUGAAUGCCCAGAUUGCUGCGAACUCACUGACAGUAGAGGCUGGAAUGUCAUUCAUUAUGCAGUGAUCAGUAAAAAUGAUGAAGUGCUAAAAGCAGUGCUUCAAUUUUCAUCAUUGAUUUAUCUUUUAUAUGGAGAAGAUGUUAAAGGAAAUACGCCUGUCCAUCUAUACAAGACUUAUCAUUCUCGUUUGCCUUCUUUCAUAAAAAAUGCACAUGAAGACAAUGAUAUGUUCAAACAUUGGAGAACAUUGCACGAUCAAAUUCAAAUGGAAGGAGACUUUAAGAGCGAAAAUUUAGCAUGGAUGAAAGACAUUGGCACUGGACCAUUGGGGAAAAUUGAAGUGCAAAACAUAGAAGGGCUAAAGACAAAGAAAAAUAUGAUACGUAAAUUUGAAGAAGCCAAAGACUCUUAUUUGGUAGCUGCAGCACUUAUAGCAACAGUAACGUUUGCAGCGAUGUUCACCUUACCAGGAGGUUAUACAAGUGAUGAAAACAAUUUAAAGAAGGGGACUCCUAUCUUAAGCGGAAAUUCAGCUUUUACAGCAUUUAUGAUAUUAGACACUAUAGCUAUGGUUUUAUCCACUUCUUGUGUCUUUAUCCACUUUAUACUAGUGAUGUUAGGAUAUCUGGAAAGAUACUAUUGGUUAAUAAAAUGUGCCUUCAGCUUCCUCUUCUAUGCUAUGGUAGCAAUGGUGAUUAUAUUUGUGACAGGCGCUUAUGUAGUUUUAGGACCUUCCUUUGGAUAUAGCAUUUGUGUCUUCGAAUUGAGCUUCUUCUGCUUCAUAUUUUAUUCGAUCAUAAGCGUAACAUGGAGUUUAUUUCUUUCGGAGGACGAUGAUGAAGAAGAAGUUAAUAGCUAUAGACAUCAAACAUAAACUUUCUCUUGGCUGACUGGCGGAAUCUUGUUCAUUGCCCUUCGUUUGGAGCUUCGAGAUAAGUUUGAAAAGUUUAGAAAAUGGCGGAAGGAGAAAGUCGACUGAUUCAUCGGGUGUUAAUAGAUGCCAAGAAAAAGAGACAUAUGCUUGCUAUUACCUCAAGGGAUGUAAAUGGUGUCUCCCUUCAUAUGGAUGUGUUUAAUUUAAUUUUCAUUUUUAUUUUUUCACUUUAAAAACAUAUACUCAUUAUUAGCUCAAUGGCAUAUG